CGAGUUGGGAGACCAAAGAAGACUUGAAAAAGAAAAGUAGAGAGCGAGGCAACAGACGUCGAAACCACAUGGACCCAACUGAAGGGGGCUGCCCAAAACCUGGUCCGCUGGCGAGUUGUUGUUGCGGUCCUAUAUGUUCCUCAAAGGAGCAACAAGGAAUAAACUAAAACAAUCCUUCGUUUAAGCUUUCUGAAUCUCGACUAGCAUGGGGUCGUAGGACGAAGUGUUAUUUGAAGAAGGAUUAUUCAAGAAGGACGGGACUCAUCUAUAUAUGUUACUUUCCUUAAUUUUGUUCCUAUCUCAAGUAGUCUGAUUCCCAAAUGGUUUGUCAUUUCUGCUUUCGUUUCAGCUAAAUAGUAAGCAGACACACAGGGAGAAUGUCCCACAACAAUUCUGAAGAAGAGGAAGGCUAUGAGAUCCUGGAUGUCAGUGGGUCAAAUCAUAAUGCCCUUCAAAAGGUCUUGAGUGACCUGAUAGGUCCCAACCAAUCAGUCAUGAAACAGGUUGUUGUUGGAAGUAUUUCAGGAAUGUUGUCAGGGUUUCUGUUUGCAAAGGUAGGCAAAUUGGCUGCAGGUACAUUGGGAGGUACAGUCCUUCUGAUACAGAUUGCACACCACCAAGGCUUCAUAAAAAUCAACUGGGAUCGUGUACAGGAAACUGCAGAGCAAGCACGUCGUGAAAUUCAACGUAAAACUCACCAUACGUAUCCAAGUAUGGCACGCAGUGUGCAAGAGUUUGUGAAAAACAAUGUUUUCCUAGCUGUUGGAUUUGGUGGUGGAUUUCUUUGUGGGAUGAGUUUUUAAAAGUUUGCUGAUUGCAGAAAUAUGCAUGUAGUACUUUUUAGUGUCGGGAAUUGCCAGUCAUCACAUGGUGAAAAUAGGGUUACAAAUUCAUAGGCAGAGUAGCAUGGUCUUCACCUGUACAAAUAAAUAUAUCACAAAUCUGCUUCCGGUGGGAAAUGGCUCUCAGUGGAAGUAAUGUAAAUACAUGUAGUGACCUAGUAUUGUCACCAAGUUAUUUCUUUCCUACUUUAUUUCAUAGAAGCAUUUUCCAUUUACAUUAUGCAGCCUGCCCUUUGUCAAGUAGCUUAAUUUCUGCAGUGUAUAUUGUUUGGUGGGUACAUAACACUGCAUGUUGACAGUAUCAUUGCACAAGAAGAAUCUCAUUUAAUAAUAUGUUGCUCAUGAAGCUCAUAAAGCAAAUUCAGCAGUACUACAUUGAUGUAGUGCGGAGUUAAAAUGCAAACACUUAUCAGAAAAGUUCUCAUGCUGUUUUACAUUAAAUCUCAAGACCAGAAUACCUAGACCUGCUGGUCUUUUCCCACCCUUGUUUUUUGUUUUUCGAAAGGUUUUGGUUGUCCAUCUGGAUCUUGUAAAGUAUUUGUCAAAUCAAGUUUACAUGAAUUAAAAAAAAAAGUAAAGUAGUACAGAGAGAAAGAGUGUGUGUGCACAGUGUAAAUAUAUACUGGGUAUUCCAAAAGUCCCCUUACAGUUUAAAUUUUAAAAUGAAUAAAAGGUACAAUUUACAAUAAACAUUUUAUUGAAGUUCUGAACCAUUAGUUUUUGUUGGUUUGUUUAAAGGCCGUUAUACAUUAUAUUUACAUAUUCAUAGUUUACAUGCUUUUUCACCUAAUAACACAGAACCAAAUGUGGUUGAAUGGGAUUUUCCGACUUCAAAAAAUAGAUAUAAGUAUAAAUACAUGAAACAAAUAAUGCUUCUUUGUGUAACACCUCACUAGGCUCAGUUGCAUGAUAUUCCCCAUGUGAGCAUGCACCCAUAGAUAUAAAAAGUAAUGAGGGGGAUAAAAAAAACUGCAUCCAGUAAAACAAAUAAUGGUUGGCCCUGCCAAAGAAAGGAGUACCGGAGCCAAGAUCUGAACCCGAUUUUGUCAGUGAUAGGCAUGGUGGCACCAACCACUCCAUUUAAUUAUCUCUUUUUUCACUGCUUAAUGUUUUGCUGUUUAGAAGUAAAGGACCAAUAUGCAAGUCAGUAGAUGCAUGAGUAGGACUUAAUACAUUCUAUGCCUUUCUAUAAGAAGUGCAACAUGUAUAAAAAUAGCUUAUUGAGAUGAAAAAAAAAUCAGAUACUCCUUUUUUAUCUCGCGAUGUUGUCUUUGAUGAAUUUGUAAAUUUCCUUUUUAAUUGAUGUCUUGCAUGUGAUUCAGAGGAAGUUAAAAUGAAAACCAGCUCAUUUUCAACAAACUUUUUUUUUCAAUGCAAAGAUAAUGUCACUGCAGUGGAAGAUAAAAUUUCUUUGUAAUUAGCUACAUUUUAGUAACAAUAAUUGUAAAAUGAUACCGUAAUUCUUUUUCUUUGUAUAUUUGUGUAUAUGUUAAUAGCUAGAAUAUUGUCCUCUUUCAUAUGAGGGCUUUUGGCUGAGAGUGGGGCUGAGUAUGUUGUCCUCUACGAUGCGAGUGCUUUUGUUGGCUGGAUAAUUAGAAUGUUGCAUAUGGAGUGUGUUUUGCACAUGAGCAUUAAAAUGUAUGUCACCAGCAUAAA